AUGAAGCUACCACCACCACCUAACUGCCAGUUUGCCAUCCCCACCACCGUGAAGCUACCACCACCUCAACAAGCUAAAGCUCCGUCAAGUUCCGGCCAAGCUCCGUCAAGUUCCGGCCAAGCUCCGUCAAGUUCCGGCCAAGCUCCGUCAAUCUACGUGGCAUUUUUCGAUUACGUGGCAGCUGAUGUGGCAGUCUACGUGGCAUUUUUCGAUUACGUGGCAGCUGAUGUGGCAGUCUACAUGGCAUUUUUCGAUUACAUGGCAACUGAUGUGGCAGAUAAUGCUACUUUGAGAUUCACAUCUGAUGGAAGGCUGGCUGUGGAACAAGCACAAGGUCAACAAAUCAAUAUAUUUGAUGCUGGUGGUGCUUAUUUUGCUACCAUGCAAGACUCCAGGAACUUUGUGCUCUACGAUUCCACAGGGACGAGGGCUCGAUAUGCAAUUCGAUGGGAUAUUGUGCUAUACCCGAAUAGAGGGAAAGCCACAGAUCAAGCUUACUGGGAUACCAAAACAUUUACAUCCGGAGCCACACUAAAUCUUGAUUAUUAUGGUAAUCUGUAUCUGUUGCAUAAAUCAACUUCUUUUAUCAAGAAUCUAACACAAGGAGGAUGUCCUACAAAAGAUGCACUCUAUGUCAUCAAAUUUGAUGCCGACGGAAUCUUUAGAUUGUAUUAUUAUGAUCUAAGUAACAAGAGCAAGAAUGGAUCUGUCACAUGGGCAUCGUCGUCAAACAUGUGUACAGGGAAGGGUCUUUGUGGCAACAAUGGGUAUUGUGUAGUCAGGAACCAUAAUGCUAGAUGUCGAUGUAUUCCGGGGUUUGAAUUUGUCAACAGAAAGCGUCGGAGUUCGGGUUGCCGGAGAACUUACACUGCAGAAAGCUGCAGGAUUCUGGAUGCACAGACCGCAAUCUAG